AGACGGAAGCGGUAGGUACAAACUGAAAAACAGUGCAAUGUCAAGAAUCUUCAAGAAAGAUAAGCCCGUGAAAAUUAGGAGUUGCACUGAAAACAAAAAGUACGGAGUCGCAGCAAAAGAUGUGAAGGAGUUGCUUAAAAAAGGCUGUAAAUUAUUACAGUUGCCACUCUCUGGUGCGCAUGUUUGUUUGUAUGCUGAUGGAACAGAGGUGACAGAGGGAUACUUCCAGACUCUGCAGGACAACACUGAACUUGUUCUUCUCUCCAAAGAUCAGACAUGGAGCGGAGGAGUUGUUUAUGACAUCGGCCAGUUACUGAGCACAGGCUUGCACAGCGAUGGCCUCCUUGAGGCGGCAAAAGGCCUCCUGUCUGGUGAGCCGGCUCCGAAGAGGCGUAAAAUCCUGACUGACCUGGUGCUGAACCUGGAUGACAAAUCAGAGCUGGAGAGCAGAGAGGAGGAUGACGACUGGUUCAAAGGUGUUGCAGAUCGAUUCAAGACAAAGUCCGCCUACAUGAAGUUCAACUGUGAAAGCAGGAUACGAAGCUACAUGAAUGAGGUGGUCGAUGCCACCAAAACCAUACAGAAGGCUAAAGUCAGGGAAGAGUUUCUGAAAGCAUCAAAGAGCCUGAGGGAAAGGCUGAAGGCAGCAGGGUUCAACGGCUGCUACUUUGACAGGACUGAAAAGGAGCCACAGCGCCUCUGUACUCGGGAAGGAUGGUUUACCUGCCAGGGAUCAUUUGACAAGGAAGUGUGCUCGUCGCUCCACUCCAUCAACCCCUACAGCAGCUACGAGAGCAGGAUCUUCUUCAGCACAUGGAAUCUAGACCACAGGAUUGAAAAGAAGAGGACAGUCAUUCCCGCUCUGCUGGAAGCUCUACAGAAUCACAAGAGUGCUGACAUCAACCUGGACUACUUCUACCGCCUGCUGUUCACCAGGGAAAACCUGAAGCUGGUUCACAUCGUGUGCCACAAGAAAGGAGCCCACGACCUGCUGUGUGACGCCAAGGAGAUUUUCCGACAAGUCAGAGGGAAGAAAAGGUGCUUGUUUGAAUAUUAACUCGUACUUUUAUGAAAAAUUUGUUGUUUUUUUUUCAUUUGUAUCAACUGUGACAAGAUAAUGUAUCACACUGGUCAGUUCUAUGAAUAAUUAGCUCACAUCCACAAAGUGACUUUGUUCUUUUACCUCACUUGAUUUUUUUUAACCUAUCUAACCUCAUGGUAUUCUGCUUUCUGAGCCAGUGCAACCUGCAGAGUUUUAAUACAGACUGGCAGCAAUUUGUCACACACAAUUAAUUACACUGAAACAAACCCUGAAAUCAUGAAAAACAUUUAUUUGUUCUUUGUGUUGGCACGGUGUAAAAUGCGUGAACUGAUUACAAUGACUGAAGUACGAGGCAUUCACUCAAUCAGAAAGUUGCAUAGAAUACGAAAAACAUUUCGCAUAAAUAAGGCAGUACAAAUAUAUAAAACAUUUGAUUGGAUGGUAAGAACAAUCAGCUAUAUACAAAAUACUACAAGAUUUGAACAGCACAAGUGCAUUUACUGCUGAGCUGAAAGUUAGAUGACACAUUCAAAGUCAGGUUUAAGUUAUCGUCAGUUAACUUUCACUUAACUUCAAUGUUUUGAAACCAUUUUUUGUCUAUAAUUUUGUCAUAUUUGCAUAUCUAUCAGGGAUAACUGCUAGCUACAGUGAUACAUAUGCAGUAUAUACAGACGGAUGUUUUGUAUGUUGAGCAGCUGCCAAACUUGAGCACACAAAGAUGUGUUGAGGAGAAAUAUUAGACACUUGGUGAAAAAUGGCUCAUUCAUCUGAUACACUGAAUAUGUGAUAUUAAAAGCUCUCAGUAUAAACUGCUCUUGACGUGUGUACGCUCCUUCCUCACCACUUUCAUACAAUCUGAAGCCAGAACAUGAAAUCUAUCGAUAUACUGCUUUCACCAACAUGUGGCUUUUGCAUUUUACAUUUUAUCACUUGUCAUCUGUGCGAAACAUUUGAAGUUUGUUAUUCUGAUCCAGCACUGUUUUCACAAGGCUAAUCUCAAGAUGCACACUUGCACUCAAAUGAUGAAGCAGUUUGUUAUGUGACUGAUUUGUCUAAAUAAAGUGCUGUGCCAACACACCCUCCAGAUGAGACCGAAGACGACUAUACCAGGGGUGAUGUGAGCAUAAAUUCCACAAUAAAUA